AUGUACUUUCGUUUAAAUGAAUAUUUGGUUCAAAUGGCUGUUUCUUCAUUACAUGGUGUUGGUACUUUUGAUGAACGUUGUGAUUUGUGUGAAGAUUUCGGAAUUUAUAAAAGACGCGGUAUAAGUGAUGAAGUUAUUAAUCAUGCUAAGAGUGCAUCUAUUGUAGAAGGUGAAAAUUAUAAUAUGAAAAGAAAACGUCGUUAUGUUGAUCAAAGUACAUUUCAUGGUCAUCCAAAAACUAAAAGUGAAUUGUGGGCAAGAAAUUUUCGUGUAGAGCAAUCAAAAAACUUUGAUCAAUCUUCAUCGUUGAUUAAACUAAUCAAUAAAAUCGCUGUCGAAUAUUUAUCAAAAUGUUCACCCUUUAUUUUUUAUGAUACCUUUGUUGAAGAUUCUGAAAGUUUCAUUCUACAAAAUCUAUUUCAUACAUUUCCAUUAUCCUUUUAUCAUGCUAAAAUCGAUAAAGAUUAUAAAUUAUCAAAUUCUCUGGUGAAUACUUGGAAUGGUGAACAAAAUUGUCGUAGUUAUAUUUUAUUUCUAUCAGACCCAUUAAUGACAAGAAAAAUAAUUGGACCUCAAUUAGAAAAUCGUGUUGUUGUUGUAGCUAGAUCAACACAAUGGAAAUUAAGAGAUUUUUUAGCAUCAGAAGAAUCCUCAAAUUUGGUUAAUCUUUUGGUAAUUAAAGAAUCAUUAUCAGCCGAUUUAACAAAGGAACGUCCUUAUGUUUUAUAUACUCAUAAAUUAUAUUCUGAUGGUUUGGGAUCAAAUGUACCAAUUGUUUUGACCAGUUGGGUGAGAGGAGCUUUAACACGUCCUCAUAUUAAUUUAUUUCCAGAAAAAUUAAAAGAUGGAUUUGCUGGACAUCGUUUUCUUGUUGCAGCUGUUGAUCAACCACCUUUCAUUUUUAAAAAAAAAUCUUUAGAUUAUGCUAGUGGAAAUGUUAAUAUUGACUGGGAGGGUUUAGAAUAUCAAAUUAUAAAAAUUUUAUCGCAACGAUUAAAUUUUUCUUAUGAAAUUGCUGAACCAUCAAAUAUCGCUUUACUUGGGAGUGGUGAAGCCAUACGUGAAGAAGUUCAACACAGAAAAGCUGAUAUUGGAAUGUCUGGAGCUUAUAUUACAGCAGAUCGUGUUGUGAUAAUUGAUAUGUCGGUGGGGCAUUCGAAAGACUGUGCCGCGUUCAUUACAUUGGCUUCAAAAGCUCUACCAAAGUGGCGUGCUAUUUUAGGUCCAUUUCAGUGGCAAGUUUGGGUAGCUUUAACUGCUGUCUAUUUGUUGGGUAUUUUUCCAUUAGCUUUUACAGAUCAACUUUCAAUUAAACAUUUGAUUGGAAAUUAUGGUGAAAUGGAGAACAUGUUUUGGUAUGUUUUCGGCACAUUUACAAAUAGUUUAACAUUUUCUGGGAAAUAUUCAUGGAGUAAUUCAGCAAAAUUAUCCACGCGUCUUCUAAUUGGAUUUUAUUGGAUGUUUACAAUUAUUAUAACUGCUUGUUAUACUGGAUCAAUAAUUGCUUUUGUAACAUUACCAAAGUUCCCAGAUACAGCAGAUUCAGUCAGUGAUUUAUUGGGCCUCUUUUAUAGAGUUGGAACAUUAGGAAAAGGUGGUUGGGAGAGAUGGUUUUUGAAUUCAUCCCAUGAGCCAACGGAAAGAUUAUUUAAAAAGAUGGAAUUUGUUGACACAUUAGAUGAAGGUAUAGGAAAUGUAACACAUGCAUUUUUUUGGAAUUACGCCUUUUUAGGGUCUCAGUCGCAGUUAGAAUACUUAGUGCAAUCUAAUUUUACCGAUGACGUAUCUUUAAGUCGUCAUACGGCGUUACAUUUAAGUGAUGAAUGCUUUGCUCCUUUUCAAGUAGGAUUCGCAUAUCCAAAACAUUCUGUAUAUAGAAAAUCUAUUGACAAGCUCAUUUUAAGACUUCAGCAGGGUGGUCUUGUGAAAAAAAUUCUAAGUGAUGUAGUAUGGAAUAUGAGACGUACUUCGGGAGCAAAAUUACUUCAAGCUAGCUCAGGCGUUUCAUUGCGUGAAAUGGUACAAGAAGAACGGCAGUUAACAACAGCCGAUACAGAAGGAAUGUUCAUAUUGAUGGCAGUGGGCUAUUUGUUUGCAGCAGUGACUUUGAUUUCUGAAAUUAUUGGUGGAUUUACCAAUAAAUGCCGUUUAGUUAUGCAGAAACGUAAAGGUUCCAGUGCAUUUUCAUCGCGAAGAGCAUCAGCUGAUCUACAAGAUCUCGACGAAUUGCAUAAGCAUAAUGAGAGAAAAGUACAACGUCAACAGGAGUAUAAAAAAACUCAAGGGCGAUUCUUUAACUUCGCUGAAAUUAAUCAAAGUAUUAGGGAGAUGUACGGUGAUAGAAAAGAUAAUAUUAUGCAAUCACAAAAAUUCUUUACGGCAGAUGAUGUCAAAGCAAUGAUGGCGGAUAUAAAUGAUGAACGCGAACGUCAGAAUACUUAUACGAGAAAUCAAGUUAGUAAUUGGGUUGAGGAAACCUCCCGCAUUAGUAGUCAACCGAUUAAUGAUAAUGGUGAUAUUAUGGUUCUACCCGAAGUGGAAGAAUUAUCGGAUGAAAUUAUAAAUAUCCCACAAGAAAAUAGUUCUUCAGAAAUAGAGGAUUGCUUCGGUUAUGAUCCAAUAAAAGGAUUGUUCUUAAACAAAGAAGUUGGUGCUUUUUCUGAGUACAAUUUGAAACAGAGGAAUUCACAUCCCAUGCAAUAA